CCUUUCAAGCAAGCAAAAUACCAUCACGUCUAGUCGUCAACUAAAGAAGCAAGAAGUAAUUAGUAGUAGAAAUUAAAAUUACUACUACUUAAAGUUCUCGCAUCCCGCUAAAAAAUUCUAUUAGAUCCUCAAUCAAUUAAAGAGGAACUAAUCUCUCUAUUAGUGGUACUUACUGACGCUUAUAUUUUCAGACAGCGAACGUUGUGGUUCACAUCAUACCGUUUUUUUUUCUCCUCUUAUUAGUAAAAUUUGUUUUCAUUCUCUUCUACUUGCUACUUCUUCUUCUGCUUCUUCUUUCUUCUUCUUCUUCACAUCAUUUUGUGUAAAGAUUUAAUGGCGUCCAAAUUAAGUACAUUUAUAGUUGGACAUGGAUGGAGGGGUUUAAGUUGUAAUAAUCCAAAUGAACGUCCACCUUCUCUUCGUUUGAUUCGUACUUCUUGUAAGAUGCAAAAGAAGAACAUCAGUUCACCAAAUAAGAGACAGCCUAUCAGAAAAGUCCCUCCUGAACGCUUAUUAAUAAGUAACAAUUUCGAGCCAAAUGACGAUCAAACUGCUAAAAAUGAAACUGCUCCUACAGAUGUUACCACAAGUUCGCCUGAGAUAUUGAUACCAAUGAACGAGAACUAUGAUGAAACUGCUGCAGUUCAGAGUGCUGUUGAAGAUAGUGUCUCAAGAUUCAAUAAGGGAAGCAUGUUGGACAAUGAAGUAGAGGUUACAUUUGUUGAUAAAGUAAAUAACCUCGCACGGUCUGAUGAUUCGUCACAUUUAGCAUGGGCACAACUUUCGACUGAGAAUGUUGAUGGUGGGGAAAAGCUUUCAACUGUCCGACUUGACGAUUUGGUUGGCAUGAUAAGAAAUUCUGAAAAAACUUUUGCAGAUAUUAUGCUUCUCAAUCAAGCACGUAUUCGUGCACUUGAAGAACUUGAUAAGACUGUCACCGAGAAGGAAUCUUUGCAAGGAGAAAUGAACGUCUUGGAGAUGAAGUUGGCAGAAACUGAUGCACGAAUGAAAGUUGCAGCACAAGCAAAAAUACAUGCAGAACACCUAGAACAUCAGUUGGAAAGGCUCAAGGAUGAACUAUCUGAUAGGGGUGUUUCCGAGGAGAACUAUAUUGACGUCACAGAGGACAAUAAUGAACUUUUGACCAAGGAAGCUCUUAUGUUGCAAAAUAGAAGGUUUACCUCUCUGAGUGAAGAGCUUAGAUCAUUAAGAAAGGAGAACAUAUUCCUGAAGGAUGACAUACAAAAGCUGAAGGAAGAGUUGACUAAUGUAAAGGAAACAGAUUACCGUGUAUUAGCCUUAGAGAAUGAACGGUCAUCUUUGGAUGCUGCCUUGAAGGACCUUGAAUCUAAGCUUGUGGUUGCUCAGGAAGAUGUUGCGAAGCUAUCUAUUUUGAAAUUUGAAUGCAAGGACCUAUGGGAUAAGGUAGGAAGUUUGCAAAAAUUGCUUGAUAAAACAACUAAACAAGCAAAUCAAGCAAUUUCGUUACUGCAGCAGAACAGCGAGCUCCGGAAGAAGGUUGAUAGGUUGGAAGAAUCUCUAGAGGAAGCAAGUGUUUACAAGUUAUCAUCCGAAAAAUUGAAUAAAUAUAAUGAGCUAAUGCAACAAAAGAUACAAAUUAUGGAAGAGCGGCUUCAAAAGUCUGAUCGAGAAAUACAUUCUCAUGUACAAUUAUAUCAGGAGUCUGUCAUGGAAUUUCAAGAUAUACUUAAUAGUCUGAAAGAAGAAAGCAAGAAAAGGGCAGUAGAUGAACCCAUGGAUGAUUUGCCAUGGAUAUUCUGGAGUUGUUUAUUGCUGAAAAUCGAUGGAUGGUUUCUAGAAAAGAAAAUAUCUUUCAAAGAUGCAAAGCUUUUGAGAGAAAUGGCGUGGAAGAGAGAUAGAAGGAUCCACAACGCAUACAUGGAUUGCAACGACAAAAUUGAGUCUGAAGUGCUGUCAACAUUUCUCAAGCUGAUAUCAUCUGAAUCACGAAGCACAGGAUUGCAUAUCAUUCAUAUUGCAGCGGAGAUGGCACCAGUUGCAAAGGUUGGCGGCCUGGGAGAUGUUGUAUCUGGCCUCAGUAAAGCGCUGCAGAAGAAAGGACACCUUGUAGAAGUUAUACUUCCCAAAUACGAUUGCAUGCAAAACGACCGGAUUGGUGAUAUGAGGGCCCUAGAUAUGGUGCUAGAGUCUUACUUUGAGGGUCGAUUAUUCAAAAACAAAGUCUGGGUUGGGACAGUUGAAGGAUUGCCCGUGUAUUUCAUUGAGCCCCUUCAUCCAGCGAAGUUCUUUUGGAGAGGGCAGUUUUAUGGGGAACAUGACGACUUCAAACGUUUCUCAUAUUUCAGUCGAGCAGCACUUGAAUUAAUUCUCCAAGCUGGCAAGAAACCGGAUAUAAUCCACUGCCAUGAUUGGCAGACGGCUUUCGUGGCACCACUUUACUGGGAUCUGUAUGCGCCCAAAGGUCUCAAUUCAGCAAGAAUUUGUUUUACAUGUCACAACUUUGAAUAUCAGGGUACAUCAAAUGCUUCAGAGUUGGGAUCCUGCGGGCUUGAUGUCCACCAACUAAAUAGACCAGAUAGGAUGCAGGAUCAUUCAGCUCAUGACAGGGUCAAUCCUGUUAAGGGUGCAGUUGUGUUCUCUAAUAUCGUAACAACAGUGUCUCCAACAUAUGCUCAAGAGGUCCGGAGUGUUGAGGGAGGACGAGGACUUCAUUCAACAAUAAAUUCUCAUUCCAAAAAAUUCGUUGGAAUUCUGAAUGGAAUCGAUACAGAUGCAUGGGAUCCUUCCUCUGAUACGUUUCUCAAAGUUCAGUAUAAUGCUGACGAUCUUCAGGGGAAAGUAGAAAAUAAGAAGGCUCUAAGAGAAGAACUGAAACUCUCAUCUGCUGAUUCCAGGCAGCCACUGGUUGGUUGCAUUACAAGAUUGGUUCCGCAGAAGGGAGUUCAUCUGAUUAGGCAUGCUAUAUAUCGGACAUUGGAAUUAGGAGGGCAGUUUGUACUUCUUGGUUCAAGCCCGGUAGAUCAUAUUCAAAGGGAAUUCGAGGGUAUUGCAAAGCACUUCCAGAAUCACCCUCAUGUUCGGUUGAUAUUGAAGUAUGACGAGGCUCUGUCGCACUCCAUUUAUGCUGCUUCUGAUAUGUUCAUUAUUCCUUCCAUAUUUGAGCCAUGUGGUCUUACACAGAUGAUUGCAAUGAGAUUUGGUUCUGUACCUAUUGUAAGGAAAACCGGGGGGCUUAACGACAGUGUUUUUGAUGUUGACGAUGAUUCCAUCCCAGCUCAAUUACGCAACGGUUUUACAUUUGUAAAUCAGGAUGAGAAGGCACUAAGCAGUGCAUUGGAUCGAGCAUAUAACCUAUACACGAUGAACAAUCAAAAAUGGCAGCAACUUGUUCAGAGAAACAUGAAAAUUGAUUUCAGUUGGGAUUCUUCAGCUUCAGAGUACAUCGAACUUUACGAGAAAUCUGUUGCUAGAGCAAGGGUAGCAAAUCGUGCUUUACCGCUUCCGUGAUUCUUACAUUCUUUUAUCAAUAAGAGAACCCACAAGGCACUGGAAAGCCAAACCUUGUUAUCCGUUGGAGGGAAAACGGUGGUGGUUAUGAUUAGUCAUAGUUCUAACAAUUUCAUUGAAUGAAAUCACUAAAUACACAAGUUUCUUCUUCUUCCCGUGCGUUAUAUCAAUCUGAUGUAAUAAAUGACCCUGUCCAUAAAGGCUCGGACAUGAUGUGAAGGUUUGGCAAGAAAUAGUGCAAUUUUCUUUUGUAAAUUCACAUAUACUAACAUUUUAAAAUAAAUAAAUUGUUACUCCCUU